GCACAGUAGUUUUUACAAAAUGGCGACUGUUGUUGUUUUUCCGUAGAGUCCGUGAAAAAAAACGCGUAUAAUCCUUAUUAGUACGAUACUCUUUUGAAAGAACCAACGUUGAUUUUGUGUCCUUAAAAGACACCACCGCACUAGGCGAAAUGAAAGGAAAGGAGCGGUCGCCGAUUAAAAAGCGCUCACGAGCCUUGGACGAUAUCCGAGACCGGGGAGGAUGCCACCUAAGCAACAAGAAAAUGGGGGUCGGCUCGGUCUCCAGCGGCAGCAAUAAUGGCACCAGCUCAGCUAAAGGCGACGGCGGUUCGACCAGAAGAAGUUUAAUGGGUGAAAAACGAGACAGAGACUUUGAUGGCCACGGUCGUGUUGGUAAUAAUCAUGGCUGCCCGGGGAGCGCUGGCUCCGGAGCUAAAAACCAUAACCUGAGCCUCUCGCUAGAUUUGGCCGCACCACGGAGUGCCUCGAGGGGGGAGCAGCGGGUCCAGGCGCCCAGCACCGAGAGUGAGUACAAAACUCUCAAAAUAAGUGACCUAGGCUCUCAGCUCAGCGACGAAGACAUCGAGGAUGGACUAUUUCAUGAGUUUAAGAAAUUUGGAGACGUCAGCAUUAAGAUUAGCCGCAGCAAUGAGGAACGUAUAGCAUUUGUCAAUUUCAGAAAACCUGAGGACGCACGGGCCGCUAAGCACGCUCGCGGACGUCUGGUUCUUUAUGAUCGCCCUCUGAAGAUCGAGCCCGUGUACAUAAACAGAAGGAGAAGCCGCUCCCCAGUGGAGAGAGAGCUGUAUACAGCAGCUCCAGGCCACAGACAUAUGCAGAGGCCGCUGUCGCCCACCGGCCUUGGGUACAGGGACUACCGCCUGCAGCAGCUCGCUCUCGGACGCCUACCCCCUCCGCCUCCCCUGCCCCGGGACCUGGACCGGGACCGAGAGUUUGCCCUGCUUGAGGCCAGAGCACGCCCCGCCUUUGUCCCGGAAAGAGCCACUUUCCGUGAAGAGGAUUUUAUAUCUCCAGAGGAUGACCAAAGGGCCAACAGGACGUUGUUUUUAGGGAACUUGGACAUUUCCAUUACUGAACCAGACAUAAGGAGAGCUUUUGACCGGUUCGGGGUCAUCACAGAAGUGGACAUCAAGAGGCCCAGUCGGGGCCAAACGAGCACAUAUGGAUUUUUGAAGUUUGAGAACCUUGACAUGGCCCAUCGUGCUAAGCUUAGUAUGUCUGGCAAAAUAGUAGGUCGCAACCCUAUAAAGAUAGGCUAUGGGAAAGCCACUCCUUCCACUCGCCUCUGGGUGGGUGGACUCGGACCAUGGGUGCCUGUAGCUGCCUUGGCCCGAGAGUUUGAUCGCUUUGGCACUAUAAGGACCAUUGAUUAUAGAAAAGGGGACUCUUGGGCCUAUAUCCAAUAUGAAAGUUUAGAUGCUGCACAGGCUGCAUGCACACAUAUGAGGGGCUUCCCUUUGGGGGGUCCCGACAGAAGACUCAGAGUAGACUUUGCCGAAACUGAGCAUCGUUACCAGCAGCAGUUCUUGCAGCCUCUCCCUAUUCCCCCUUUUGACAUGGUAGCAGAGUCCUUUGUGCACAGGGCCACUGCCGAGCCCUUCAGAGUCAGAGAACGAACUCCUCCGCCCGUCCACUUCAGAGAAAGGGAACUGUUUCCUGCCAAUGACUGGCCCAACCCUGCAUUUCGGGAGCGGGUCAGAGCCUCGCCUUUUGAGCCUUUGGAGCACUUGGACCGUGAACGGAGAGCGCGGGAGUCCUGGUCUUUGGAGAGGGAGCUACAGAGCCGUGAACAAAGCAGGAAGCGGCGUGCUUUGGAGGACGGGCGGCAUUUAGACCAUUCUCCUGACAGCACUGAAAGGACAGCAAGGCGCAGACGUGCCUCACCAGAGGGCAGCCCGGGGGGCAGCAGCAGAGAGGGGGGGCGCUUUAGCGACUCAGAGCGCCCUAUACGAGCCGACAGACCCUCCCCAGCUCGAGAACGCCACAGCAGUGUGGAGCGGGCCGGGACUGAGCGAAGACUUAAAAGCCAGAGUGUCUCAGAGAAGUCGACUGGCAGUGUGGCUCCUGUCGAACGAAAGCGUAAAACUGGUGAGAGCAGCAAAGGCUCAGCCAAGCGCGAGCGCACAGAUAGCUCCAAGAGCCAGCUCUCCAAACAGGACAUCAAACAGAGCCCUGUGUGGAGCGGCAUGCUUCUGCUCAAGAACAGCCAUUUCCCCGCCCACAUGCACCUCCUGGAGGGGGACCAUAGCGUGCCGACCGACCUCCUGCUGGACGCCUCUGCACGACCGCUGAGUGAGCUGAAGAUCACCCAGCGCCUGCGCCUGGACCAGCCCAAACUGGACGAGGUCUCACGUCGGAUCAAGGUGGCAGGACCUGGAGGAUACGCCAUCCUGUUAGCAGUGCCUGGAACCACGGAGGAGUCCUCCUCUGAUGCUGCAUCAACUCAACGGCCGCUUCGCAACCUGGUGUCCUACCUCAACCAAAAGCAGGCUGCUGGAGUCAUCAGCCUGCCUGUAGGGGGCAGCAGAGAGAAGGACAGCACAGGGGUCCUUCAUGCUUUCCCUCCCUGUGAAUUCUCCAAGCAGUUCCUGGAUUCCUCUGCUAAGGCUUUGGCUAAAAGUGAAGAGGACUAUUUAGUCAUGAUUGUGGUUCGAGGAGCAUCUUAAAAAAAAAGAACACACUAAUUUGAAGUUCUUAACUACUGCAUGCUGUGUGAUCUGCAUUAUGGGGUUCACUAGUACUUGGUUCUCCAGUCUUUAUUGCCAUGACACUUACAUUUAAUUAUUUCCCCCAAAGUUUGUUAGUUUCAAAUUUUAUUGGCAGGACAAUUUUAAAGUGGGUUGUUUCACAUUAACUGAGUUUCAAGUCUGAUUUUCUUUCAUUUCAAUAGCAAAAUAUUUUGGUUUCAUGCAACAAAAUCCUUAUCACUUUAAAUAACAAGGCUGAUAGAAAACACAUUACAUGGGAGAGCACAUUCUAAAUUCAUAUUGAUCGAUUUAAAAAUAACAACCUGUAGCAUAUAAGACACAGGACAUGUUUUUCAUGUGUUUUGGGUGUGGUUUUGAGGUCAAAUGAAAAGUUCCAUAGAAAUGUGGAGUCUAAUUACUAAAACGGUUAGAAUUUCUACAGUUUGGGUCAAGAUGUUUUGCAUACAUUUAUGUUUUCUGUUCAAGUGAAUGUUCUUAACUACACUAAACAGAGUAGAUGAUGGACACUUGCUCCUGGUAACACUAGACUGUGGGAUCUUUGACCAGGUUGCAGACUAUAAAAUACUACACAUGAGAAAAUACUAACUAUUGUUUAAUCUGUACAGCCGUGCUCCUGAUGUGGUUGUGGAAUGUGAUAAAAACUACAGUAGUGAUGGAUUCACAUCUGAGGAGUGUGUGUUCAUGUUCUGACAGACCAUUUAUUUCAGGUUUUCAAUCAUCAGUAUUUAGUACUAGUAAAAUGUCUCCAAAGUAACCAAUCCCUGCUAAUUGGUCAGUAACAGCUCAAUUUAAUUUUAUAUUUUGGGAUUUUUUUAAUGUUAAAUUUUAUUAGUAUAAAAUCGGACAGCGUUACAUUUGCCUGUCUUUUCCUCGGGCCUAUUGCAGUGGUUGGUUACAUAUUUGUUUUUCAUGCCUCACAGCCUGGCCUUUGUUUUGAGUUGUUUUGAUUUGAUCUGUCUUGAAGACAUUGAUGUGAAAGUGCUCCAUGUGCAGCCCCAGCUCCUCUCUGGACUCAGAGGAGUCCUGACUGAGGCUCCUGACUGAGGCCUAGUGUGUGUUUGUUUCGGCUCACGGCCCUCUACACCUGUUUUAAAUGGAAAAGUCAGCACUGUACCUUUUGAUCUCAUGGGAAAGGAAGGAUAGACCUGCAGCUGUUCUGCAAGUACACCUGGCACUUUCUGUGACCCAUUAUCAAUAAAUUGUUCAUGUGAAGGAAACAUGUUUCUUCGAUGGAUGUGAUUGAAGAAACAGGCUGCCGUACCUUAUUGUGUUUCGAGGAGUUGUCACUUGUUUCUGCUCAGAAAAAGGGAGACAGUUUUAUUAGCCAAGAACACAGACCACUGUUUGAUUUGAGGAUCGCUCUUUGGUUCAGGCCUGUUCACUUCUGCUAAGAUGCACAUGUUUAAUUACAUUGACACGUUUAACACUGCUCCUGUGCGGCUCCCUGCUUCAGGAGGAGCUUCUGCUGUUCAGACCAGAGUAUGAGAGGCUCGCAUCCAGACAGACACCCACCUGACCUGAUCAGAUCUGAUCUGAUUCACCUUUAAACAGCUCAGAAGAGGAUUGACCCUUGACCCCAGAUAGGAAUAUGGUUUUCCAGUGAUUUGUGUUAGUGUUACCAGACCUUUAGGAGCGGCUGCAGUACUCUCUCACCCGAGGCCUGCCCCAGGAUGGAAGUGAUUUGAACAAAAAGCUUGAUUUGUUUUUUUUUGUUUUUUUCAAACUGCUGUGAGGAACCCUCGCGCUGGACCUGGUGUCUCCAAGAACCCUCUUCAUCAGACCUUUUUGUUCAGUCUAGUUCCAGUCCCACAGGAAAUGGCUGUGAGUUGUUUCUACACCUUAGUGUUGAGAAGACAGUAGUUAUCCUGAGGAGGCUCCACUUCACACUGGCCUGAGGACCGUUGCACCUGCUCUGCUCACUCAGGGUGGGUCACACGCAUGACAGAACUCUGUUGUCAUGGUGAGUACGAAGACGACACGCUGCCCGCCAGCUCUGUAUCGAUGGCACAGGCAGCUGGGUAAGUAUCAGGUGUCAAAAACACUCGUCAGACAGAGGAACCACAGAAGCACUUUUGUUUUCCAAACAUGACACGGUGACUACAACAGUAAUCACAAACAUUUACAGUAUUUACAAUGUACAUGAAGCCAAUUGCGUUUUAUAAUAAAUGUGUUUUCAGAAUCCCUUUGUACCAGUUAAGGUAAGGCUAGUGCUGACUAGUCAGUCGAACAUCUAAAAACUAGGCUACUCUACAUUCUAACAUUCUAUGAUAUAAACUAGUGCUAACCCAAAUAUGUUCCUUCUUAUGCAGUAAAUAAAAUAUUGCUAAUGCUAGACUUAAACAAUACAAUGCUACAUGGAUUCCCAGUUUCCAGAACUAAAUAUAAAUAAAUGUAUAAUGAAAUAAGGAUAAAUUGCAAUGGUCUGUACAGACCAUGUUGAUCAAUAGCCUCUAUCUGUCACAUACUGACCAACAAUUGCUAUUGUAAUUCAACAUAUUUGUCUCUUUCUUGCAAAAUUAACAUCACAGUAAUGCAAACGAUUAAUUGAAGUGAAAGAUUAUUAACCCCCAAUGGCCCAAAUAUUUGUCGUCAUGUCAAGAGGAGGCUGGUUGGCAAACAUGAAUGUCUCACCACAGUACAGUGUUGAAAUCUGCCCACUGGGAUUAAGCAUGACGGUAAUUACAGUACAAGUACUACCCUAGAACACAUUUGACCUGAACUAGGUAAGAAAAUAUGUAAACUGGGAACCAAAUCUGAAUGAAUCUAUAAAAAACAUUAUCAGAUGCAGUAGGCAGGCAAGAGUCAUGGGACAGAUUUGGGACUCAACCAUAAGGCUAUAAAAAGCAAGGCAACAGGACAAAAUCUAAACCAUGACUUCAAACCUCAAGGGACUUUGAAAUAUCAUAUAAAUUGUACAAGCACCACUAAUAUAAAACAGGCACUGCUAUGGUAUCCUAUCCUCAAAAGUUUAAGAUCAGUAUCUAGAGCUGGGUCUCUGAGUGCUGCACUGUGAUACUUACUGUUCCUGACAGGUUGCACCCUGGACAUACAGGGAUGGAGCAAAUGCAAAAGAGUUUCUCCAGAGGGACAGUAAUACCUUAAUCUUACUAGUAGUGCUUGUUUGAGCAAACUUGGCCAAAUCUUUUUUUAUGCCCAGACCAGCAUCACAAAAUAUUUAUUAAGGAAGAAAUUAUAUCCUUAAAAUAAAUGGAAAGUUGUCUUGAAAACUAAAAGAAAAAUAUUUUAAACCACCUUUAUUUUAUUUUAUAUUAUAAACCACUAAAAGAAAAUAUUUUAAACCACUUUUAUGCAGUGUUAAAGCUAAUAAAUGUGUGAAUCAACAUUACGUUUUAUUAGUAAAAUCUGAUUUGAGAUAUUUCUUAUCUGGAGACACAGUUAGGUUUAUCUACCAACACACCACAAUGCAUUACUUAUGACCAAUUUUGUGGCAUGGUGUGUGGAAUACAUAAUUAAAAUGAUGCGUGAAGUUGUGUGAUAAUAUCAUUUCAGCUUUGCUUUACUUGAAAUACUUUUGUCCUCUUUUUUGUAGGUUAAGCAGUGAUGUAGCAAAGGGCAAAGAGGGAUCACAUAAUGUGAACAAACCAAUGAGCUUCACUGCAACCAAGUGCUAGUUACAGUAUCAUUAUUAGUCCUAUUUAUAUCAACAUCAUUGUUCACUGUCAGUAACUCACAAUCAAUUUAUUUAUUUAUUUUUUUUACAGUUUUUUCGUCUUGCGCAUUCGGCUGUGGACUGGCUGUGGGAGGCAGCAACCUCACUGAAUGUAAGUAAGAAUCAUUAGCUUUUAAGGGGCACUAUUCUGGUAGGGGUCUGAAUCAAGGGAGAUGUCAUUGCCUUACCUGGAAUUUUCCACAGUAUGCCAUUAAACAUAUAUAUCACAUUUAUUCCAUUACAGGUGUUUUUACUGCUUUAUAAUACCUUUAAAACAGGCAUUCCUACUCUUUGCAUAAAUUGGAUAAUUGUAUAACACAGCUGUAUGUUUGGAGAUUUUUCAUUUGUUUCAAAUAAAAUGCAAAAAGUCAUAA